AUGCUGGGCACCGGUGAGGUCUGUGCUCUCCUCCGCAGUUGCUGCACGAGUGCUGGUUCCCUGAAGGGCGCUGCUGACUGCUGUCGGUGCUGUCCUUUGAAGUUAGCCGUUUAGCUGUAGCUCUUCCUUUGCUAACAUACUCCACUUUGCAUACUGUGUCACUAAGAACAUCACUGUCCAUUGACCGUAUGCGAUUCUUAGUCACCUCUCUAACUUGACACAUUUGUAUUGCUCUUUCUAGUGUCAGUUCAUUCUCACCAAUUAACUUUUCUCUCAGCCCCUUGUCUCUCACCCCCAUGACAAUUCUAUCUGGUAUCAGCGAGUCUGCAAUUUGACCGAAAUUACACAACUGACAUUUCAGUUUCAGGUCCAUAAUAAAACUCCUCAACAGUCUCUGUUUCAUUCUGACAUAUACUGUUUAAAACUAGUUUCUUCUGGAAGUACAAAAAGACCGAAAUUUGCUAAUACCAGUUCAUAAUCUGCUUGCUCUUCAUCCAUUAGCUGAAAGCUGUUGUAGACAUCAAUGGCGUCCGAGCCACAUAUGUGAGAGUGCUGGCCCAGUACCGUCCCCACGCUAAGACAAAGGUAUCAGCAGAUGCAUCAUCCUUCAGGCUACGGGCAGUCCUCACACAGAUGCAGGACAACAUGGAGUGGCGUCCAAUAGCAUACAUCUCACAAAGCUUUUCCGACACGGAGCAAAGGUAUGCACAAGUGGAGAUGGAGGCGUUGGCUAUCACAUGGGCAUGUGAAAGGCUCAGCCAAUACCUUAUUGGCCUGCAGUUUACAGCAGAGACUGACCACAAACCACUGUUAACUCUGUUAGGGACAAAAGCACUGGACGACUUACCUCCCAGAGUUCUGCGCUUCCGCCUCAGAUUGCUGCGUUCACCUACAAGAUUGUGUAUGUGCCAGGGAAGGCACUGAUCACAGCAGACGCACUCUCCAGGGCCCCAAUUAAACGUCCAUUAACAGAGGAGGAGCAAUGUCUAGAGGGUGAGGUACAGGUGUCCAUUAAUGCAGUAAGAGAGAGCCUACCUGCAUCUCAGACCAAACUGCAGCAGAUUGCAGAGGAGCAACAGCGAGACCCCAUCUGCCAACAGAUAGUACAGCGGUGCAUAAAAGGAUGGCCCAGGCAGGAGGAACUACCUCAGCUGCUGAAGCCCUAUUGGGUGCACCAAAGUGACUUCUACUCUAAUGAAGACCUUCUCAUGAAAGGACAACGGAUAGUUAUCCCAGAGACUCUACAACCGAAAAUGCUAGGCAUGAGGGACACAUGGGGAUAACCAAAUGCAGACUGAGGGCUCAACAGUCGGUGUGGUGGCUUGGUCUGAGUACUCAGAUUGCCAAGUUGGUGGCCCAGUGUAAGGUGUGUGCAAAAUGUCAACCUUGUCAUCCUGAACCAAUGAUGGCAACGGAGCUGCCAAAAUGGCCAUGGCAAAAGGUAGGAGCAGAUAUGUUCUAUUGGAAAAAUGACACUUAUCUGCUAGUGGUAGAUUACUAUUCAAGAUUCAUUGAAAUAGCAAAGACACCUAUAACCACAUCAGCUGGUGUUAUCAAUGGAUUAAAGUACAUUUUUUCCAGGCAAGGGGUCACUGAGGUCCUGGUUACAGGUUAUGCUCCCCAGUUCUCUGCGAGCUCUUUUUAUGCUUUUGCCACAGAAUAUGACUUCACACAUGUGACCAGUAGCCCCUACCAUGCACCGAGCAACAGUGAGGCAGAGAGAGCUGUCAAAACAGUUAAGGGACUGCUGAAAAAGAACAAGGAUCCGUACAGGGGUCUGUUAGCUAACAGAGUUACACCACUGCCGUCGCAUGCCGAGCUCCUGAUGGGCAGGAGGCUGAGCUCCCCAUUGCCUGUCUCGCCAGCUCAGCUUAAACCCAGAUGGCCUAACAGGAAGGCCUUCGCUGAGAGGGACAAACGGCUGAAACAAACACAAACUGGAGACUUUAAUCGGAGACACCGUGCUACGGAGAGGCCAGAGCUGACAGAAGGUCAACGUGUGUGGAUUACAAACACCAGCAAUAGUGCUGAGGAAUGCGGAUGCCCCACACUCCUAUGUGGUGGACACAGGCUCAGAGGAGGUACGGAGGAACAACACACACCUCAGAGCUCUUCCAGAUAUAUCAGCCACACAGGCUGAGGAGGCCACAGACAAUGCAAAAAAAGAGGGGGAAAGAGAGAGAAUGCUCACAGAGCCACAAGUUCGCCCAAAAAGCAUUCUCACAGAGCCACAAGCUCGCCCAAAAACGGAUGUGAAGCCACAGAGUGGCUGA